ACACUACUCCACACCCUUCUUUUUUUUUCUUCCGUCUGUCUCCAUUUGAUAUGAUAUAUAUAUUACAACAACAAUUAUUCAUAGUAUAGAAAAAAUAUCCGAAAAAAUGGGAAGAGGAAGAGUCCAGUUGAAGCGAAUAGAGAACAAAAUUAACCGUCAAGUUACCUUCUCGAAACGUCGAUCUGGUUUGCUGAAGAAAGCCCAUGAGAUCUCUGUGCUUUGUGAUGCUGAGGUUGGUUUGAUUGUUUUUUCUACUAAAGGAAAACUCUUUGAAUAUGCCAACGAUUCCUGCAUGGAGAGGAUACUUGAAAGAUAUGAAAGAUACUCAUUUGCUGAGAAACAGCUUGUUCCUACUGAUCAUACCUCCCCGGUAAGCUGGACCCUUGAACAUGCAAAACUUAAGGCCAGACUUGAGGUUCUGCAGAGGAACCAAAAGCAUUAUGUGGGAGAAGAUUUGGAGUCCUUAAGUAUGAAGGAACUUCAGAAUCUGGAGCACCAGCUUGAUUCAGCUCUUAAACACAUUCGAUCAAGAAAGAAUCAAUUGAUGCAUGAGUCCAUUUCUGUGCUUCAAAAAAAGGACAGAGCAUUGCAGGAGCAAAACAACCAGCUUUCGAAGAAGGUGAAGGAGAGGGAGAAAGAGGUGGCACAGCAAAAUCAGUGGGAAAUCAACUCAUCUUCAUUUGUUUUGCCACAACAACUGGACUCUCCUCACCUUGGGGAAGCAUACCAGAGUACUAAUGUAAUAGAUAAUGGGGAAGUGGAAGGAGGUAGUUCUUCACAGCAGCAAGGUGCAGCUAAUAAUACUGUGAUGCCACAAUGGAUGCUUCGUCAUCUUAAUAAUUAAAAGGUAUCAUUAAUACUUCAAUAUAAUUAACUAGGUAUAUAAUUUUGAUGCCACAAUAUAUUAAUUAAAAGGUAUCAUUAAUACUUCAAUAUAAUUAACUAGGUAUAUAAUUUUGAUGCCACAAUAUAUUGUCUAUGUGUACUUGCUUUCAAAGACAUGCCACAAUAUAGAUGGAUUGUUGUAAAAACAUUAUAAUAUAUGUUAAAAAUAAAUUUUGAUGUAUGA